AUGGGUCAUAUCAAGGUUCACCAGUCCAAUGAAAGCCACACUGAGAAAGAUUCGUCAAGGACAUCUGCAAUAUGCGAACUCGAAGCUGGAUCCGGUAACGAGGAUGUGCUGGAUGAUCAAGACAUCUGCAAAUGGGAAGCUGACCCGACGAAUCCCUACAAUUGGUCGGCAAAGUGGAAAGCUCAUCAGGUGCUGAUGAUUGCCUCAGCAGCUUUCACUACCUCACUUGGCGUAUCUAUCCUGUCCCCAGCUCAUUCCCAAUUCAUGGAGGAGUUUGAGGUUGGAAGUACGGUCGCGAUUCUUCCCUUGUCGCUUUACGUCUUUGCCCUGGCCCUGGGAUCAAUACUAGGAGGACCACUUUCCGAGACCGUUGGGAGAUAUCCCGUUUAUAUAGGCUCCGUGUUACUUGGAAGUCUAUUCACCCUUGGCGUUGGUCUCAGUAACACGUUCACGGCAGUCUGUGUCUUGCGAUUCCUCGCAGGGCUUUGUUUCGCACCUCCUUUGGCAAUUGCUGCAGGAACCAUCAAUGAAACGUUUAAGCCGGCCGCUCGGGCUAUACCAUCGACUAUAUUUAUCCUGACUCCUUUCCUCGGCCCCGGUCUUGGGGGCUGGCGAUGGACGCAAUGGACUAUGCUACUUCUUGCCGUGUGUACGAUUAUCGCAACAUCCAUGGCAAGAGAGACAUUCCAUCCAGUGCUCAAAAGCCGACGCUCGAAGAUCUCUAGCUCGACUUUGCCCCCUCCAUCACCACUUUCUUCAAAAAUCCGACUUUUCGCAACUAUCGCUCUUCUCCGUCCAGCCCAAAUGAUGGCGACGGAACCAAUUGUUGCUUUAAUCUGCCUUUAUGUGGCAUGUGAAUUCGCAACACUGUUCUCAUUCUUUGCUGCUUUCCCUAUGGUCUUUCAGGGUAUCUACGGCUUUGAUAUCGAGAAUACCGGUCUUGUUUUUCUCUCAAUAGUUGUUGGAUGCUUGUUCGGUGCCAUUACCGUAUUGUUAUGCGACAUAUCUCUCUACCGCCCCAAGGCCGUAGUCUAUCACGGACGAUCAGUACCACCUGAGUUUCGACUUUAUCCCUCUUUGAUUGGCAGCAUUGGGUUACCAAUUAGCCUCUUCUGGUUUGGCUGGACCGCUCGAGCUGAUACUCCAUGGAUAGCUCCUGUGACUGCAAUCAUGUUAUUCGCCUGGGGGAAUAUUUGCGUCUUCGUUAGUACAGCCCAGUAUAUUGUCGAUACCUACCAUGGCUCAACAGUGGCAAGCGCCAUGAGUGCCAACAGCUUAGCUAGGUACGGCCUUGCCGCUGCAUUUCCGCUGUUCACGGUUCAAGCGAGUGCAUCAAUACGGACACCAUCCGGACACCAUCUCAAACGUCUUUGGUGA